GUGCGACGCACACGAAGGCGCGUCGUUGAAUUCCGCUAUCGGCAGCGAGGGAGAGACGGAGAGAAAGAGAAAGAGCCAGAGCCAGUGUCGUGUCGUGUUGCGGUGGCAGUGUUUAGCGGCGGCAGCAUAUUGUCAACGGGAAUUCGUGUUAGCGAGGCUUGUGGGUCGACGUGAGAACGACGACGAGAUGUCGAGCGGUGCGGACGAGUGCAAGCUGAAGGGCGGUCAUCCCCCGGCAGUUAAGGCGGGCGGCAUGAGAAUAACGCAGCAUAAGACGCCGAAGGAGGAACGCGAAACAAAACCUAGCAAAGACGUCGAGGAGAGCAAGCCGUCGAGCAGUCCGCCGAAGACGAUAAUGAUCAGCGGCGCUCCGGCCAAAGGAAAUGCUGAUUUUCCACCAGAAGCUGUGCAACACUUCCACGAGAAACCUACACCGACGCACGACGCACGGCCGGCGCAUUGUUCGCGUCCCAUUAUCAUUCAACAGCCCAGGAAGUGAGCCGUAUUUUGCGAGUUAUGUACUUUGCUGAUGGACUUUGAUCCACAGUGUCAUCCGUUGAAUUUACGAAAAAGAAAAUUAUAAUUAUGCAAAUAUAUAUGGGAGAUAGGUAUAUAUUAUAUAUAAGCGUACAUAAAAUGUUUUUAAAAGGAUUAAAAUCGACGAAUUUGGACUUCGCGCCGCGGCGAUCGAUUCUUUAACCGACGAAUAAUCAGAUCUUUUUUUCUUACAAGGAAAUUUCAAAGAAAGAGAAAGCAAUCGGAAUAAAUUUGCAAUUGCGAAUGUUAAGAGAUCGGCGAAUUGAUCUCCAUUUAGGAGACCAUUAAAGAACGGGCAGGACCCGCAUAAAUCGGUUAAAGGAUCGAGGAAGCUUGAUUUCUUAUAAAAGAGAUAUAUCACGAGAUAUUAUACUAUACUGUUGUUAAAAAGGAAAGAGAAGAAAUUUAUUUUUGACGUCACGAGACUCCUUGUAUCGGCAUUUGAGAUUUCAUGUACAAGUUUUUGAGAGCAUGAAUCGUUAUCGCACAUUUUAUCUUCUCAUCUUAUAGUUCCUUUUAUACUAGACACGUUUGCUACAAUUACUUCAUUAUGAGUAUUGAUAGUAACGGUACUGUCAUUGUUUUUGGGGACCAGUACGUAUUGUGACUCAUAAUGAAAUUCUUUCGCAUUUACAGACUUUUUAUUUUACUUUUUUGUAUUUGACCAUAGCAUAGAAAUCAGAUGCAUCAGUGUCACUUUGAAUUUCACAGGGAAUCGAGACAUCUCGUUAACGUGAGUUAACGUUAAUACAUUAAUGUUAACAUAUGUUAACGUAAAUUAAAUGUGCAAAUGUUGAACGAGAUUCACAGUUGACGAUAAUUUGUAUAACAUUUGAGAAGGAAUAAACAUUCAUAUAUGUACAUAACUA